GAGGUGACUGUGCUGGUGGCAUGGAUAGCUCCAUCUCGGAUCACGGAGGCGAUAUUUUGGAAGAAGCACACAGAGCUCUUCCUCCCCGUUAGCCACAAGCAAGGAUUGGGUUCAACAGUCAAAUGCAGAACUGGUCAUGCCAAGCUCCUUGGGCCCAACAAGUUUGGCACUCUCGGCACUGAUUACGUCAUUAUUGCUGUUGGUCCAGACUACACGGAUGUCACCAAACAGAAUGAAUCCAAGCAAGCUGAGUACGAUCGAAAGCUUCGUCAUGUGUACACCAAAUCAUGCAUUCUUGCUGCCGAAGCAGGUGCCACCAAGAUUGUCUUUCCCCAAAUCAGUGGUGGACUCUACCGUGGCAACCAGAAGGAUAAACACCUUGCCCGUCAAGCUAUCUUGGGUAUUGGAGCUUGGGCUGGAAAGAAGGAAGCGGUCUCUGCAGUGUUGGAAGAUAUUAUUUUCUGUGUGAAUUCCAAAGCCACGGCCAAGAAGAUCAUUGCGGUUGCUGAUGAAGAGUUUGAGACCAAGUUGAAAUCGUCUGUUGCCGGUAACUAG